CCACAUCUUUUCCUAUAAAACUCUUCUAUUUAAGGCCCUCACGGUUUUCCUACUCUUUCAUCUCAAACAAUCUUUCCUUAACAUACAAACACACACGUACUUACGUAGUCUAAAUUUCUCCUAGAUAUGGAGGCAUACCAGAAAAAACGCACCUUGGAGAUCACCGUCGUGUCCGGAGAAAACAUAAGACUGGAUCGAAAUUCAGUUUCCGAGGUCUGUGUUGUUGUUCGUGCUGAGUCUUUGAACUGUUGCACGACCAAAAUGGUAAAUGGAAAUGAUGGAGUGCAUGCAUGGAAUGAGAAAUUGCUGUUGGAGGUUCCUUCAUAUGCAAGGUGUGUUACGUUUGAAGUGCAAUGCAAGAAAUACAAAGAAGUUCGUCCUGUCGGAGUAGCAAGGAUUGCUCUUUCGGAUUUAGUUACUGUAAAAAAUCAGAGUGUUUUGUCUGAAAAUGUUCCUCAAAGUUUUUGCUAUGGUUUGAGGGGCUGGGAUGGUCAACGAAACGGAGUUAUUCAUUUCUCGGUGAAGAUGGUGGAUAAUUUGUGUUUGGAAACGGAGCAAGAGAAAGACGUAAAGAUGGUGAAUUCUACAGGAAUUGACAGGGAAGUCAUAGGGUUUCGUAUGAACCCUAAAAAAUCAAAUCGUGUUGUCGUUGGCAUUCCAGUUAAUUGGUUUGCUAAACUUUUGAAGGUUGAGGGUUGAUUUUCUUUAAAUAGAUUAUCUUGAAACAUGGAUUUUAAG